AUGCUGGACGAGCAGCAGGAGGAGGCGGGGCGGCUCCUCGCGCUAUCCUCGUCGCUGCGCGGCGAGAAUGAGGAGCUCCUUCAGCGCAGCAACGAGCUCACGGCGGAGUGCGAUCGGCAGCGCACCCAGCUGCGCAUGCUGGAGCGUGCCCCAGAGGCGUCGUGUGUGUCGUUGUUGUCAUCCACGCCAGCAGAUGCAGCUUCAUCAGGUGACGAGAAAGGAGUCGGGGGGCGCGACGACGCAGCAGAAAUGACGACAGCAGCAAAGGUGAAGAAGGCACUCGACGAGCAGCUCCAGAAACAGAAAGUAUUAGACAUGAGAGAGGCGACGCUCCAGGAGGCACAGAAGAAAGUGGCGAAUGACGCCGCGCGUGUUGCGGCUCGGCGGAUGCAGCUGCAGAAGGACGAACGGACACUGCGGACACGUCUCGCGCAGGAGCUGCACGGCGCCAUUGAGGAUGAGUCGCGGCGACUGCAGGAUGUGCACUUGGAGGAGCUCGCGGGUCUGGGCAAGCAGUUCGCGGCGUGGUUGUCGAGCGCCACCGCGGCGGUCGAGCAGAUGCGGGUGGCCCACAACAACAACAUUGAUAGCAAUGUGGGAAGGUCGGCGAACGAUGAGGUGACGGCGCUGAAGCAUGAGCAUGCGGCAGAAAUGGUGCGGCGGCAGGAGGCGCAUCAGACGCAGAUCGCACAACUGGAGCGUGCCAUGGCGCAGGCGCGUGACGCGUACGAGGACGCGGCUGCGAAGAAGCAGAAACGCUUCCACGACGACCUUCUCGUGCUGCAGAGCACCACAAGCGCCGCACAGCGGCAGCUGGAAGAUGAGAGGCAGCAGUGCUUGGAGGCACGGCGUGCUGUUGACGAGCUCGCCUCCACGCUAGAGGAGGAGCGCCGCCAGCACGAGGCGGUGUGCACGGAGCUGCGCGAACGACUCGAGGCGCUGCAGUCUAUGUAUGCCGCCGCGGCUAACAGCAAUGACGGCCGCGGUAGUUGCAACAACAGUGGCAGGGACGUGGAGGUGGGCGUGCCGCAGCGACCAAAUACCGACCCCAUUGCGCCGGCGUUGUGUACAGUAUUGUCAGGGUGGCGGUGUGUAGUGGAAUCGCUGCUGCAAGAGCACAGCGCCGUGCUGGACGCCGUCGCGCUAGCGGCACGCGCGCUCUGCAGCAACGUAAAUGCACCACGGCGGGAGCCGGCGGCUGUCGUCCUUAGCAGAAGCGAGAACGCGGAAGAGACGAAUGUGCUGCGGCGCGAGUUAAGUGAGGCGCGGCGUCUCGCGAAGGACAUUGAGGAGCGGGCGAGCGAGCACGCACUCCAGGUAGUCGCGCUGAAGCGUGAGGCAGCGGCAACGACGGAGGAGCUGCAGCAGCUCCGCGAAAAGUUGUCGCGGACAGAGAAGGCGUUACUGCGCGCAAGCACCAUUGAAAAGCGGCUCUCACAACAGCUGUUCCAGCAGCAACAACAACAACAACAAUGCCGAGAGGAGUCGUGUGCUUCCGGUGGUGGUGGGGGUGGUGACGCUAACAGCAGCAGUAAUAGCAGCCACGACGCUGUGGCGUUGGCUACGCUUGUGGUCGCACACUCUCACGCAUACGCGGACGCCUGCACGCGCCUCGUCGGGGACGCGUGUCUGCAUCACUACAAGGCGGGCACGCAGGUGCUGCAAGGAGAGUGGGAAAAGCGGCGCGAGUUGACGCGGCGCAAUGCGAUAGCACUCGAGGAGACAACGGCGAGCAUCAAGGCGUUCCAGGACCGCCUGAAGCAGCGAGAGGUGUUGGUGGCGACAGCGGAGGAGUCACUGCGCGGGCGUGAGCGGGAGGUGCGCGUCUGCCGCGGCCGGCUGAUGAAGGUCUCAGCGGCGCUGCAAACGGUGGCGGGGCGUCUGCGAGCGGCCGCAAUGGGCGAGCAGAUAACUCUCGCGUGUAGUAUCGACGCAGGGUAA